AUGAGGACAGUGAGCCCCAACGAAAUUUCUCAAUUGCAGAAAAACAGCUCGAACAUUCGCAAUAUUUGUAUUCUGGCCCAUGUUGAUCAUGGUAAAACUACUCUUGCUGAUUCACUAAUCGCUAGCAAUGGAAUCAUAUCAACACGUUUGGCCGGAAAGGUCCGGUACAUGGAUAGCAGGGAAGACGAGCAAGUUCGGGGUAUUACUAUGAAAUCCAGUGCAAUCUCGUUGCAUUAUCCACACAAUGGUGGUGACUAUUUAAUCAAUUUAAUUGAUUCACCUGGGCAUGUGGAUUUUUCUAGCGAGGUCUCUACCGCAGUCCGAUUAUGUGAUGGCGCAAUUAUUGUUGUCGAUGCUGUAGAAGGUGUUUGUCCGCAGACACAUGUUGUCUUAAGGCAGGCUUGGUUGGAAAGUAUACGCCCUUGUUUGGUGAUUAACAAGGUCGAUAGACUAAUAACUGAAUUAAAAUGCAGUCCAAUGGAGGCUUACGUACGCUUGCAACAAAUUUUAGAGCAGGCAAGUAUAUCCGUUAAUGCAUUAACUGGUGAAUUAUUUACCGUAAAAGUUAUGGAAGAUUCUGAGAUUGUUGAUGAGAAAAAUAAGAAGGAAGAUAAAUCAAUGAUGGAAAACGGUGAAAAUUUAUAUGACUGGAGCAUUGGCUUGGAAGAUAUCGAUGAUUCAUCUUUGUACUUCUCACCUGAUCAAGGCAAUGUUGUAUUCGCUAGUGCUAUAGAUGGAUGGGGCUUCAGAAUCUCUGAUUUUGCUGCUAUAUUUUCCAAGAAGAUUGGUGUAAGUCAAGCGAUUAUGAAUAAGACACUAUGGGGUGAUUUCUACCUAAAUAGCAAAACCAAAAAGAUUAUGAAAGGGGCUCAGGCACCGUGCAAAGCGAAGAAACCAUUGUUUGUCCAAGUUAUCCUCGAAAAUCUUUGGAAUCUGUACAAUGCUAUCUAUAUUAAAAAAGAUAAGAUCCAGUCUGAAAAUAUUGUCAAAUCAUUAAAUUUAAAAGUGUCGGUCCGCGAUUCAAGGCAUGGUGAUGCUAGGGUUUAUCUUUACGCAGUAUGUAGCCAGUGGCUUCCGCUAUCCAAAGCGGUACUGUCUAUGGUUUGCGAUAAGUUGCCAUCUCCGUGUAGUGUUAGUAUCGAUCGUAUAGAAAAAUUAAUGGGUAGCACUUCGUUACAAGGCCGCUCACUAUCUGCCAAUGUAAAAGAAAUUAAAGAAGUUAUGCUCCAUUGCAAAUCUGGUGAUAAUUCACCCGUUAUUUUACACGUAACGAAAAUGGUAUCUGUUGAAAAGAAUUGCCUUCCUCAAAAUAAGCCGAAAGCAUUAGCUAAAGAACGUUUAUCAAAUAGGAACCAACAACGUACUGAGGAUAAACGAGAAACAAACGUGGAUAAUGCCGACCAGGAACCCGUUACUACAGAGAACGAAUCAGACAGUACAACUCUUAAGGUAGAGAAGAAUAACGAGGACACUGCUGAAAGCCAAAUAAAGAGUACGAAACAAGGGGAUACCGAGGCACUUGAGGAGCGCAAUCACGAAUUUAUCGCAUUUGCUAGAAUUUUUUGCGGCACAAUUAGACGUGGUGAUAAACUCCAUAUUUUAAAUUAUGGCAAGAAUAAUGCCAGACCCUACAUUUCCGGUAAAGAUGAAAAUGUAGAAAAUUCCUCAAGAAAUGAUAUAAGUGAAAACAUAUUUGAAGUUGCCGAUUUAUACUUAUGGAUGGGUCGACAGCUGGAACUAUUAGAUGAAGUACCGGCAGGAAACAUUUUAGGUAUUGGCAACUUGGAAAAACAUAUUCUUAAAUCAGCUACAAUUUCAUCGGCGUCUAAUUGUCCUCCUUUGAUGCCAGUACCAUUUGCAGUUGUACCAAUUGUCCAUGUAGCUAUUGAACCUGCUCACUUCAGUGAUAUAGCAAAACUCACGAAUGGUUUACGCCUUUUAAAUCAAGCCGACCCAUGUGUUGAAACCUUAGUUCAAGAAUCAGGCGAGCAUGUUAUCGUUGCUGCAGGUGAAGUCCACCUUGAUCGUUGCCUCAAGGAUCUAAGAGAAAGAUUUGCUCCUGGAGUGGAAAUUUCUGUUUCGGAACCAAUAAUCCCAUUCAGAGAAACAAUUAUUCCACCACCUCAACUCGAUAUGGUUAACGAACUAAUUGAUAGUAAUGAAACCCAAAGUACUACGAGACGACAAGAACUGGAUUAUGACUACCCAAAUUGUGAAAAUAAUGCCGGAACUAUCACUGUGUUUACAUCUGAUAAGUCAUGUAAAUUAGUGGUAAAGGCAAAACCUCUUCCCACAAAUGUUACUAAAUUACUCGAUGAAAGUGCAGAUGUUAUUAAGUCGAUUGUUGGAUCAAAAUCUGUUCGCAAGGAUCACAGCCUUUCGCCCGUUGAUAGUGAACUGACAGAAGUAGCACUAUUUUAUAAUAGUUUAGUGGAAGAAUUUAAUGUUGCUGGUGAAGAAUGGAAAGAUAUUGUGGACAAAAUUUGGUGUUUUGGUCCCAGAAACUAUGGGCCAAAUAUACUAGUCAAUGAAAUAACGUCGUAUAAUAGAUCCACUCUUUGGGAUGUAACUCAAGAUCGUCCGGUAAACGUGGAGCAGGAUAUGUUUAGAAAAUUUGAUAACAGUGUUAUAACCGGAUUUCAGUUAGCCACAUUAGCUGGCCCGUUGUGUGAGGAACCAAUGAUGGGUGUUUGCUUUGUAAUCAAAGAGUGGACGUACCUACCAUCGAUCCAGUCAUCGUCAGAAGCUCUAGAUAAUUUGGCAUUGGAAUCUAAUGAAACUCAUGUCGCAAAGAAUGAAAUUUCAAGCGCAUCUGAAGGAAAAGGUGCAAAAUCUAUCAGUAUUAAUUCCGGUCAACUAAUGUCUGCUAUUAAAAGCGGCUGUCGUCGGGCAUUUUUGGCACAACCGGUUCGACUAAUGGUUCCUACUUACAAAUGUACUAUCCAUGCUACAUCAGAUGUUUUAGGAAAAGUAUAUGCAGUAUUAGGCAGAAGGAAUGGGCAGAUUCUAUCUGAAGAUAUGCAAGAAGGAUCAUCAAUAUUUAAUAUCGAAGCAGUUUUGCCGGUGGCUGAAAGUUUUGGUUUUACUGAUGAAAUCCGUAAGAAAACAAGUGGCUUAGCUAAUCCUCAGUUAAUUUUUAACAAUUGGGAGAUUAUACCUGCAGAUCCGUUUUGGGUUCCUACAACUGAGGAGGAAAUAUUGCAUUUUGGUGAGAAAGCUGAUUCUGAAAAUCGUGCCCGGUUAUUAGUAGAUAAAAUUCGUGCACGAAAGGGUUUGAUAGUUCAAAAGAAGAUUGUAGAGCAUGCUGAAAAGCAGAGAACUAUCAAAAAGUAG